CAUCUGGAGUUCUGAGGUAUGGGAAGAAAAGAAACAACUUUACACUUUCCUUGACUGUGCGGAUGGUAAUCUGGGCUGUCGUGUUUGUAGACGUGUUUCUGCGCUGUCAGUUUUGAAAAGUCAGGGUGUUUCUCUGUCUUCUGAGUGGAAAAAUUACAGUGUUGGGUACAAUGGAAAAACUCGAGAGCAACAGCUACGAUCUUUGAGAAAAAAGAUAGCUGAACACAAGAAAUCCAGCGCUCAUAACAAGGCCACUGCAUUGUUACAGCAGAACACAGAGGACAUUAUUGGGAAAUGUGUUGACAGUGCAAAAAGGCGAGAUCACGAAACUACCUGUAAAAUAUUUUCUACUGCUUACUACCUUGCAAAACAAAAUCGACCCUAUUCUGAUCACCAGGCCUUACUGGAACUGCAAGAAAUACAUGGUGUUAAUGUGGGAACUGGUCUUCAUUCCAGAUACAGCGCCACUCAAAUUAUCAACCACGUUUCUGAUGAAAUGGUCAAAAAGGCCUGUGAGAGAAUAAUACACAUCGAUGGAAAAAUUGCUGUGUUAAUUGAUGAAUCAACAGCUCUGAAUGGUUCCCCAGCACUUAUUGUGCAUCUCAAAUGCGAGACAGACAAGACACGUGACCCUCACUUCAUGUUUUUGGAGUUAGUUGAACUUUUUGAUCAGUCAGCUGAGUCCAUAGUGUUAGCGCUUACUAAGUGUCUUCAAAAACACGGGUUUGACCAUGCAUACUUACAGAAGAAUCUUGUUGCAUUUGCAAGUGACGGUGCAAGUGUAAUGCUUGGGAAAAAAUCUGGUGUGGCAAAACGAAUUUCAGACAUGUACCCCAACAUUGUUGUCUGGCACUGUCUAAAUCACAGACUCGAACUUGCAGUUGCCGAUAGUGUUUCUGAGACUACUGGCAUGAACCAUUUUCAUUCUUUCAUGGACAAGCUAUACUCAGUCUACAGUAGAUCAGCACUAAAUCAGCAAGAACUCCGAAAUUGUGCGAAGGAACUGGAUGCUGUCUUGAGGAAAAUUGGUCGUGUACUGGAUGUGAGAUGGGUUUCCAGUUCGUUCAGGACUGUCUCCGCUGUGUGGGAAAGUUUUGAAGUUCUGUCGACUCAUUUUAAAGCUGCCGUAAGCUCUAAGCGGACUUCUGCUGAAAGAGCGACAUACAGCGGUCUACUGAAAAGGCUGUGCUCGCCAGAAUUUCUCAUUGACCUCGGAGUUAUGUACGAUGCCUUAUACGAACUUUCACUGCUGUCAGAGAUUCUCCAGAAACGGACUACUACAUUGGUUUAUGCAGAUAAAAUGGCACGUAGAACAGUAAGGAUUUUUGCAUCCAUGAAUGAGAAUGUAGGUACAAAUACUCUUGAAGCGCAGAUAGCUGCCAUGGAAGGAACAUUUAAAUCUACAGUGCUGACGUCGAAUCCCAAACAUGUAAAAAUAAAUCAUAAACAAUUCCUUACCAAACUCGCCAAUCAUAUGAAAGAACGACUUUUUACAACCACUGCAUCAAAUGAGAAGGCUUCUUCCGAGGUGAAUUGCCAAAAAUAUGAAAGUCUUCUUUCUGAGCUCUUGGUCCUGGAUCCACACCACUGGCCUGCAGAACUACCCCAGGGUUAUGGCGAAAAUGAAGUUGAAAGAUUGUGUCGGCGCUUUCAGCUAAAUGAACGUAUUAUCAAAAAUGCAUUUCGAGAUUUUAAGGAGAACAACGGAAGAAUUCCAGAUGAUUUAGCUCCACUUAUUAACUGCACACGUGUGAUCCCGUGCAGUACUGCUGAAUGUGAAAGGGGAUUCAGCCAAAUGAACUUAAUUAUAACUGAUCAGCGUUCCAAAAUUUUAAUCAAACAUGCUUCAGCCUUAAUGUUUAUCAAGCUUCAUGGACCCCCUUUGAGACAGUGGAAUCCAAGCCCUUAUGUGACCACUUGGUUGCGACACAAUCAUCGAUCCGCAGAUGACAGCCGUACACGGGUGGCAGCUCCAAUUUCCAGCGACUCCCCUGACGCUCUGUGGCAGUUCCUAUAGUUGACUAAAAACAACCUGUGAUUGGUAAGUGCAACUUUUAAUUUUCUAUAGAGAGGGGAGAUUUUACAGAAAUUUGUUAAGUAAAAUAUGUGUUAUAUUAUUAUUAAAAAAAAACCCCGAUUAAAUCGCGUUAAAUGGAAAGUGGGCGUAACUGUUAAUACCUCGUUAACUAUUUAAUUGAUUCUCAUUGGGACCGCUCCGCUACUUUUUUUUUUACCACUACACCACUGGCUGUAGGGAUCCACCACCAUCUGAGCACAGCGGCACAGCGUGACGAGGAGGAAAAAGCAGAGAAGCGAGAGGAAGAACAGAGCCACGCCCCUGUCCACGUCGACGGGCAGCGCGGCAGGG